AUGCUCUCUCGGCUGGCACGCUGCACCCAGCUUGGCAACCAGGGGAUCCGUCAAUUCUUCAGACCCUGUGUUCCAGGGACCUGCGCGUAUGCAGUGCCUGCGCUCACCACGCAAUGGUCAGCCAUCUGUCAGCGGUACCAAUGGUCAAUGGCCCGCUCUACAAUGCCUAACCCAGCAGCCAUGCCUCUCAACUGGGAGAGCAGACGCGGCUUCAGCACCAGGAAUCUUCACGGCCGCUUGUUCUACAAGCGUAGACCAAAGAUGAUCCCGAACUGGAAGUUCAACGUCAGAUCAAAGUGGUUGGAGGGUGCAGGAAACAGGAAAGGCGUUUGCACGAAGGUCUUCGUCCAGUCACCGAGGAAGCCCAAUUCUGGUCUUCGUAAGGUUGCAUAUGUGCGCCUUUCCAACGGGCGCGUGGUGAAGGCCUACAUUCCGGGCAUCGGUCACAAUCUGCAGGUUCACUCUGUCGUCAUGGUCAGAGGUGGUAAAAGGCCCGACGUCCCCGGAUGCAACUACACAUGCAUGCGUGGACUGUACGACCUUCUUCCCGUCAAGAACCGCAAGAGCUCUCGAGCAAGAUACGGGGUCAAGCGACCCAACUACGAAUCGAACCGCUCUCGCUUCAAGAAAAUCUUUACUGAUGUGGACCGGAGGCUGCAUUUCUACAGGACUGGUGAAGAGGUGGGUCCGGAGGACGACGUUCCCAAGGAGGGUGAUGGCAUCAGGUAUCCUCGGAACCACUUGAGUAGAACUUACCGCCCAAAGAAGCCCUCCAAGAAGUGA